UUCUUUGUAGGUGCAGAGAAAGGGAAGCCGACGCUCAUACCAGUUAGGUGGAGCUAGUGGCUCAGCCCACAUGAUAAUCAGCCAUGCGCACUUCUACGUAAUUCUGCUUUCAGCAUCACCUGAUCACGUAGCAAUCGGUGUCGAAUCUCAAUCUUACACGAAGACUGACCUCAAGGUAUAUUUUUGCAGGGAUGGGAUCCCAGGUCACCGGUUGGGGGACUGAGACGGAGAUUUACUCGACCCCAACAGAGAUGGGAGAUAAUCUCUCUCCUUCUGCAGAUGCUGCAUGGCUUUGGCAGCCAAUCAAAUGGUCCUGGUGGAUAUCAUUUCAAGUGAUUUCCUCUCUCCUGGGAGUGGUUGGCAACUUCCUGGUAAUGAUCCUGAUCCUAGGAGGUCGCCACCUCAGGAGUUCUUCUGAUGUUCUCAUAGGCCACCUGGCACUGGCUGACUUUCUGACCUCCGUGUUCAUGUUCCCUCUUCCCAGGGCAGAACACGUUCCGUCCACACCUUUGGCGGAGGCCUACUGCAGGUUCGUCUUCACCUCGUUCUUCAUGUGGUUGGCCAUUUUCAUGUCCAUCAUGAUUCUUAUGGUGAUAUCCCUGGAGCGAUUCGUAGCCAUCGUGUACCCGUUGCACUUCCAGCGCUUUCGCCGUCGAAGGUACGUCACCAAGCUCAUUCUGUGGCUUUGGGCGUUGUCUAUCGCUGCCAACGUCCACAUCGUGGUCAACAUGAGCGUCGACGGCGAAUCGCGACAAUGCAGGGUCAAACACCUCUCACGGGAUUGGCAGAUUGUUACUGGUGUCGUCAUCUUCCUGAUCACAUUUGCGAUACCAGCGUCAGUCAUGAUCAUCACGCAGGUCAUCGCGGCUAGAACCCUCAAGGCGCAGUCUCGACGUUUCGACGGCGCCUUGUCCAACAUGUCUAACGGCUCAAACAGUCUCAUUCUUGCAAGAAACAGGCUCCUGCAUAUGCUCUAUCUGGUCAUUGCAAUCUUCAUCCUCUGCUGGGGACCCAACGACAUCGCCUAUUUCCUGUACAACCUCCAAGUCUUGGACCAGAGCUAUCUUUAUGGACCUGUUGAUAGGAUCCUGGUGGUGGUUGCAUUUUACAACUCUUGCGCCAAUCCCAUUGUCUACGCAAUCAGGUACCCGAGAUUCCGGCGAGCAAUCCGUCGGUUGCUGUCCUGUGCACCAGUAAACAGUGGCACCCUCUUUGAUUUUAACGCAACUUCAGCAACUGGUCGGCAGGACCAAACUCUUAAUCUGACAGUGAUGAAUACGGUAUCAAAUAAUCUGUCUCGUGCUUGAUCAGAGCGUAAAUCUACUAAUCAUUUAUACCGGAAAUGUGCAAUUGCGAACCUAAACGGAUGUGAAUUUAUUUUUCAAUCUAUUCCACUUACUACUUAUCAAUCUAGGAUGUGCUUUCCCAAGAACAUCACCUGCAUAAGCAGUUCAAGAACGUGGAGCAACAUCUGUUUGCUUGGAGAAUUUCAAACAAGCCAAGCAGUGUAUAUUAAGAGAGUUGAAGAAAUGUCUUUUAAAUGAAUGAAUAUUUGUUUAACGUACAUUUUUUAUAAUUACGAGUUCCCUUUGUGUGAUCGAGGUGUGUGUGUAUGUGAGAACAGAAAACCCAAUUGCGCCCCCGCCCUCCCACUUCGAGUAGAGAUUUCCGCCCAUGUUCAGCACCCCCAGUCAAAAAAACCGUUGCCAGGGCUCUGCCCUUACCCCACCCCCCUUAUUACAAACUUAAAGUGUUUAAAAUAUUCGUUUUGUCUCACUUGCAUAGCAGAGUGAUCAACACACUAUAGG